AUGGACGACUGGAAGCCCAGCCCCCUCAUCAAGCCCUUUGGGGCGCGAAAAAAGCGGAGCUGGUAUCUUACCUGGAAGUAUAAACUGACCAACCAGCGGGCCCUGAGGAGGUUCUGUCAGACAGGAGCCGUGCUUUUCCUACUGGUGACCGUCAUUGUCAACAUCAAGUUGAUCCUGGACACACGACGAGCUAUCAGUGAGGCCAGUGAAGACCUAGAGCCAGAACAAGACUAUGAUGAGGCCCUGGGCCGACUGGAGCCUCCACGGCGCAGAGGCAGUGGUCCCCGACGUGUCCUGGAUGUGGAGGUAUACUCAAGCCGCAGCAAAGUGUAUGUGGCAGUGGACGGCACCACGGUGCUGGAGGAUGAGGCCCAGGAGCAGGGCCGGGGCAUCCAUGUCAUCGUCCUCAACCAGGCCACGGGCCAUGUGAUGGCAAAGCGGGUGUUUGACACCUAUUCACCUCAUGAGGAUGAGGCCAUGGUGCUGUUCCUCAACAUGGUGGCACCUGGCCGAGUGCUCAUCUGCACCGUCAAGGACGAGGGCUCCUUCCACCUCAAGGACACCGCCAAGGCUCUGCUGAGGAGCUUAGGCAGCCAGGCUGGCCCUGCCCUGGGCUGGAGGGACACCUGGGCCUUCGUGGGACGAAAAGGAGGUCCUGUGCUUGGGGAGAAGCAUUCUAAGUCACCUGCCCUCUCCUCCUGGGGGGAUCCAGUUCUGCUGAAGACAGAUGUGCCACUGAGCUCAGCUGAAGAGGCAGAGUGCCACUGGGCAGACACAGAGCUGAACCGUCGCCGCCGCCGCUUCUGCAGCAAAGUCGAGGGCUACGGGAGCGUGUGCAGCUGCAAGGACCCCACCCCCAUCGAGUUCAGCCCUGACCCACUCCCAGACAACAAGGUCCUCAAUGUGCCUGUAGCUGUCAUUGCGGGAAACCGGCCCAACUACCUGUACAGGAUGCUGCGCUCUCUACUCUCAGCCCAGGGGGUGUCUCCCCAGAUGAUAACAGUUUUCAUCGAUGGCUACUAUGAGGAGCCGAUGGAUGUGGUGGCGCUGUUUGGUCUGAGGGGCAUCCAGCACACUCCCAUAAGCAUCAAGAACGCCCGAGUGUCUCAGCACUACAAGGCCAGCCUCACUGCCACUUUCAACCUGUUUCCGGAAGCCAAGUUUGCUGUGGUUCUGGAAGAGGACCUCGACAUUGCUGUGGAUUUUUUCAGUUUCCUGAGCCAGUCCAUCCACCUGCUGGAGGAGGACGACAGCUUGUACUGUAUCUCUGCCUGGAAUGACCAGGGCUAUGAGCACACGGCGGAGGACCCAGCACUGCUGUACCGUGUGGAGACCAUGCCUGGGCUGGGCUGGGUGCUCAGGAAGUCCUUGUACAAGGAAGAGCUUGAGCCCAAGUGGCCCACACCAGAAAAGCUCUGGGACUGGGACAUGUGGAUGCGGAUGCCAGAACAACGCCGAGGCCGAGAGUGCAUUAUCCCUGACGUGUCCCGAUCCUACCACUUCGGCAUCGUUGGCCUCAACAUGAAUGGCUACUUCCAUGAGGCCUACUUCAAGAAGCACAAGUUCAACACGGUUCCAGGUGUCCAGCUGAGGAACGUGGACAGUCUGAAGAAGGACGCUUACGAAGUGGAAGUUCACAGGCUGCUCAGUGAAGCGGAGGUUCUGGACCACAGCAAGAACCCUUGUGAAGACUCUUUCCUGCCAGACACAGAGGGCCACACCUACGUGGCCUUUAUCCGGAUGGAGAAGGACGAUGACUUCACCACCUGGACUCAGCUUGCCAAGUGCCUCCGAAUCUGGGACCUGGAUGUGCGUGGCAAUCACCGGGGCCUGUGGAGACUGUUUCGGAAAAAGAACCACUUCCUGGUGGUGGGGGUCCCAGCCUCCCCAUACUCGAUGAAGAAGCCACCAUCAAUCACCCCAAUUUUCUUGGAGUCACCCCCAAAGGAGGAGGGAGGCCCAGGAGCUGCAGAACAGACAUGA